GCCUGCAGGUGCCUCUGGGGCCGCCCCGCCGCUCCCUCAUGAGGCCGCACGACCCGCCGCACAGCGGCCCCGCCGCCGUGCUGCCGGAGCUAGAGAUGCUGAAGCAGCGGGCGUGUGAGAGCGUGGAGCUGAACGCGGAGCGGCUCAGCGCGCUGAGCCGCGACAUCUGGAGCCGGCCUGAGCUGGCCUACGAGGAACACCAGGCACACGACACCAUGACCCGCUUCUUCUCCAGCGGAGAGCUGUCGGGCGCCGCCUGGGCCGUGCAGCCGCGCUACAAGCUGAGCACGGCCUUCCGCGCAGAGUGGGGCACAGCCGCCCCCCAGACACAGGGCGUGCGCCCGCUCCGCGUCGCCUUCCUCUGCGAGUACGACGCCUUGCCCGGCAUCGGGCACGCCUGCGGCCACAACCUCAUCGCUGAGGUGGGAGCCGCCGCCGCGCUGGGGCUAAAGGCCGCCCUGGAGAGCCUGCCGCAGCCGACAACCGCCGCGGUCCAGGUCACUGUGCUGGGCACGCCUGCGGAGGAGCAAGGAGGAGGCAAAAUAGACCUGAUAAAUGCUGGAGCGUUUGAUGGCCUGGAUGUGGUUUUUAUGGCACACCCCUCGCAAGAAAACGCAGCUUACCUGCCCGAUGUGGCCGAGCACGAUGUGACUGUGAAAUACUAUGGAAAAGCUUCUCAUGCUGCUGCUUAUCCUUGGGAAGGAGUUAAUGCAUUAGAUGCUGCUGUUCUUGCAUACAACAAUCUGUCUGUUUUAAGACAGCAAAUGAAACCGACCUGGAGAGUUCAUGGUGUUAUAAAAAAUGGUGGUGUGAAACCCAACAUUAUUCCUUCUUACACUGAGCUGGAGUUCUACUUGCGUGCCCCUUCAAUGAAAGAUCUUUCUGUUCUGAUCGAGAAGGUUGAGAACUGCUUCAAAUCUGCAGCACUGGCCACAGGAUGCAAAGUGGAAAUAAAAGGUGGUGAAAAUGAUUACUACAAUGUGCUUCCAAAUAAGAGCCUGCAGAAAGUUUACAAGGAGAAUGGAAAGAAGCUUGGAAUAGAAUUUAUAUCCGAAGAGUGUAUCUUGAAUGGUUUGUCAGGAUAUCAGUUUCUUCUGUUGAAAGGGAAGGAAGAUAGCUCAGUUGCUUCUCCAUGUCUGUGCAGCAGAAAAGUCCUUAACAGAUGAGCAUACUCGCUGCCACCUCUACAUGGGUAUUAGUAUCGGUCUGCUCACAGGUAUCGCUCUAGGCAGCUAAGCGUUACAAAGAAUUCCUUCAAUCCAUCAAAUCAUACUACAUUUUGUGUGCCUUGUGCACACUCUGCUCAUUUGGUACACAGAAGGGAUGAUGUGAGAUAAUGUGAAUCUGAGUUAGCUUUGACCAGGUGACAUAACCUGGUUCUCCUUCUGCUGGUAGAGUGGCUCAACUCCAGGGUAAUGACUACCUCCCAAAGCAGAUGGCGUAGUUUAGCAUGCCUUAGUUGAGGUACCCACAUUAGUAAUAACUUCGGUACUUUUAGCAUUCAUUGGCUUCCUGUGCACAAGACUGGUAUAGAUGAUCUUAUGGAGCCAGUAUGUUUUGAAAAUACCACUUUUAAAGCUUGGGGCUGUAUAUAAAUGCUUCAUGGAAUCUUCUGCAUUUUCCCUUCAUUUCUUGUGUGUGGUAAUACUGAUUUCCAUUAUGUGUUGAGUGACUUGAAGAGGUUUCUGUGUCAGCUUCAGGAUAUAUUUUUUGAGAGGCUGGAGCCCCUAGUACCUUUCUUUUGAAGGCAGCGCACAAGUCUAUAUAUUGUGUUGAUAUUUGUGCAGUUAUUUAUGCCUCUAGAAGGAAUUCCAAUUCAUACAUCUCUACCAAGCAUACAGAUCCAGAUGCUUGUAUGGAACCCGUUGGAGUAAUUGAUGUUUUAAACAUGGCACUAGGUUAAUACCACAAAAGGGUGUUGCAUUUUUUUCUGAAAGAGAGAAAGAUGUAACUGUGUCAUGUUCAUGGAAAGCUGUCUGGAUUUUGGCUUGGUAAGCUCUCCAUCCUACUAGAAAAAAACAAGUUUAAGUUCCUUACGUUCAGCAAAAAUAACUUGUGAACUGGUAGUAGAUUGGAUAUGGACAUAAAUUUAAGUGGAAUUACAUGACCAA